AUGAGGAUAAUUUCAUUUUUGAUCGGCAUAUCCUGCGCUAUAUUUGUCAAGGAGGACAGCUUCAUCUACUCCCAGUUCCUCGACUUAGAUGAGAUCGACGUAGAACUCAACAAACUUGUUGAUCCCCAAGAGAAUCCUAAUGCUGACCAGUUUUCUUUUUCGCUGGAUAAAUUUGAGCUUUUUACUGCGGAAAGACGUGAAAUCCCUGUCGUUGUUAUUGAACCUGUCGGAAAAAACGCCGUCGAAUCAGUGGUUGUCGUAUGUGGUGCAGACGGCUCGAAUUUUGGAGGAGUCACAGCAUGUUUAAAUGUUGCCAAAGACCCGAACUAUUACGGAUUUACACGAGCAGACAUGUCAAAUGGAUUUCUUUCUGCCGUUAGAUUGAUUGUUAUUCCAGUUCUGAAUCCUGAUGGCUACAAUUAUGCGAGAACCGCCGAUCGACUAUGGAACAAAAAUCGUGCUCCAACGGGCAAUUUGAACUGUCCCGGUAUAAAUUUGGAACGCAACAGUCCUUACGAGCAUGUCGAUCUCUCGAAUGAGUGUUCUUCUGAUUACGGUGGUUCUGCUUCUUUAUCUGAAAACGAACUUCGUGGUCUUUCCGAAUAUCUUUCACGUAACGGUCCAGUCAGAAGCAUAAUCUUUGUCUCGCAAAGAAGUUCGGAAGAAGGUGGAACGAACUUGUAUUUUUCUAGCACUCUCGAUUCUGAGCGUCAGUCAAGCGAUAGACAUGAGAUUUUCUUGGCGGAAAAAAUUGCAAAUGCUGCAACAAGAGUUUCGAGUGCGGGGAAUCAGUAUCGAGCUGGAAAAUAUCCUACUCUGUACACUUCAGGUUCCUUGCUUGAGUGGGCAAAGAGCGAGACUGGCCUCAACAUUGAAUUCUGCUUUGAAAUGAGCUUGUCUAAGGCAGGAUCUGAAGAAGACGAGCAGUACCAAAGAUCAAUCGGGUUAGAGUUGCUUUCUGCUAUUGAAGUUGUUUGGAAGAACGCUGAUAAGCGAGCAACAUUUACUACCACUCCACUAGAUGAUUACGUCUGGCGCGAGGACCCUUCGUACUCUUGGGAACAAGUGGAGGGCGCUAUUUACGAAGAUGAAUGGACGAUAUCCUACGUCAUUAACUCGACAUCUCAGAAUUGGUUGAACUCGACGAUUCUUAACGAGUUUGUUUGGUGGCAUUUGAACGUUAUAAUCCUCCCAAAAACAUUUGCUUAUACAGAUGCUGCUAUUCUGCUUGUGGUUGGAUGGGAUAAUAAAGAUCGAGAUCCAGCUGACGCGUUAACUCGAAGCGAUACAAACAGAGCUAGGUCAUAUGUUGCUUCGUCUGGAAUACCGGUCGUACUCAACUACCAAACGCCUAACCAGCCGAUCUUCUUUGUUGACGAUCCUCUAGAAGCAAUUUACCCGAAUGGUCGAAAAGAAGACGCGAUCAUUGCCAGGACUUGGCACAUGUUCAUGGAAGAUACGAGCUUCGUUGAUGUUCCUGUCCGUUUACCAAUGACUAAAGCUGCCGUCAGAGCAAUGGACACUGCAGAAGACUUUAUGGUUCAAAAUAAUUAUGAAAAGCCGAUUCGCUGGGGAAUUACUGGUGCCUCAAAACGAGCAUGGACAACUUGGUGCACGUCUGCAGUGGAUUAUGAGCGGAUUGUGUGGCAGGCGCCAGUUUGGAUGGAUCUUCUUGACCUUGUUCCUUCGGCGAAACAUCAUUUCAGAUCAUUGGGAGGAUGGACAUACAACUACUUUGAUUACUACGUGGAAGGAUUCACUUACAACAUCGACAAUCCCGCAUACGAUGAUUUAGCGGCAAUCGUAGACCCGUUCACAUAUCUUGAUCGAUAUUCCAAGUCGCAAAUGACACUUGUCAUGAAUGCUGGAAACGACGAGUUCUUCCUCCCAUCGGACAUGUAUUUCUUUUGGGACGAUAUGUUCGGCGAUAAGUUUAUGAAGGUUUUUCCAAACAAAGGUCACGGAGGUGUAGGUUACAAUAUUCGAGCUGAUCGUUACACCGGACCAGAGCUCGAGAACAUUGUAUGGAGAGCCAUCGACGGCCUUUUUGAGGAGUUUCUGAGCCCUACUAUCACUAAAAAAGAAAACGGAUAUCAACCAUGGACAUGGAAACUAUGGAAUGAGGACGGCUUUAGUGGUAUUGAUUUCUUUACAAGUGUGCCAAUAUCCGACGCACGAGCUUGGCUAAGCUACUCAGCUGUUCCGGACAGACGAGACUGGAGGAAAUCUGGCCUUACCGAGUAUCUAUGUCCUAAGGAUUACACAGAAGAUAUUGACUUCGACGACUACUGGCACUUGAUGAAUACAACAUAUUAUGAUAUCAGUGAAAAGAUUGUUUUUAAUCACUUUCCUUCAUCUGAUUAUGAGUUCCAAUACUCAUUAAAUCUUACAGAUCCUAUGGUUGGCGAAAAAUUCAUCACAUUUUUCUUGGAACUCGAAAUUGACAGUGAAGUAGGCUCACCAAUUACUUUUUCGACAGAGGCGAAUAUCGCGCCAAUGAUUUAUCCAUACGAGGAGUGCGAAGGAGCUGCCUGUCUUGGGUGCUUUAUUUAG